CGAACGUUGACCGAAAUUGUUGUUUUGUGCAGCGCAUAAACUAAAGACAAAGUGAACAAUAUCAAAUUGUGGUUAUUCAUUUGUUUUCGCUGUUCGCUAUGUGUGUGUGCUAGUAAGUGUUGUUUAAGUGAUAAGCUGUCAAGACUUUAUCGUACAAAUUGUCAAAAACAAAAAGAGAAACUUAUAACAACAAUAAUAACAACACAAAGUAAACAAUUACAAUAGCAAUACAGCGCUGUUGUUGUUUACGUGCUCUCAGCCAACGCACAAGAUCAUUCCAGACUUUGAUUGCUGCUGCCGCAUUGUCUACUGCGCCGCCUGCUGCGCUGCUGCUGCGCAUACAUAUGUGUCUGCAUAUAAGCACAUUUGAAAUUCCGUGACGUUACUGCACGCAGCUGAUAAGACGCUACACAGUACUGGUUUUUGCUUGUAUUUGUUUUUUUUUUUUCCUAUACCUUUAUUUUUGCACGCGCGCCGCUCUAGAGCGUGAGUGAGCGUGUGAGAGAGAGUGAGAGUAAGCUAGCGCACUGUGCUCUCGUUUAUCAGUAGAAGCAUCAGAAAUAAGAAAAGCAGCAGCGACGUAUCGCCGUAGUUUUAUUAGCAUUGCUCUUUGGCACUUUCGGCUAAGCAGUCGCAGUGUCACUACCACCAUCAACAGCAAUAGGAGCAGCAGCAGCAGCAUCAUCUCGAAAAUGCCGCUAUCCCAACCAAAACAACAGCAGCAGUCGCAUCAUCUGUCGUCGCAUACAACGCAGCCGCAUUCCAAAAACAACAAAAACAAUUCCAUAAUAUGUGAACGUGAACGCACCCAAACUAUUGGUGAAGCUGACAUGGAUCAGUCCGUGCUUAAUGGCAUCAAUCCAUGCAUUGAUGGCAGCAGCAGCAGCUAUCAUGGUCACAAACGUGAGUUGGGACACAGAGUCUUUGUUAAUAGAUCGCUGCAUUUGGAGAAUAUAAAGUACUAUGGGUUCGAUAUGGAUUAUACCUUGGCUGAAUACAAGUCGCCACAGUAUGAGCAGCUGGGUUUUAAUUUGGUCAAAGAGCGUCUUGUCUCCAUGGGCUAUCCCAAGGAAAUUUUACAAUUUGAAUAUGAUCCAACAUUCCCAGUGCGUGGUCUUUGGUUCGAUACGCUCUAUGGUAAUUUACUAAAAGUAGAUGCUUAUGGUAAUAUAUUGGUCUGUGUGCAUGGCUUUGAAUUUAUUAAACACCACCAGGUUUACGAGCUCUAUCCAAAUAAGUUUCUCAAACUUGAUGAGUCACGUGUAUACGUACUAAAUACACUGUUCAAUUUGCCAGAAACCUAUUUGCUGGCCUGUCUUGUGGACUUUUUCACCAACAGCAAAGACUUUGUCCGCGUUGAACGUGGCAUCAAAGCUGGCGAUUUUCUAUUUACGUAUAAGUCGAUUUUCCAGGACGUGCGUCGUGCCGUCGAUUGGGUGCAUUCCGAUGGUGAUCUAAAGCGUCGAACCACACAGAACAUGGCAUACUAUGUAAAGAAGGACAAACGUUUGCCCACUGUGCUAUCACGCAUACGUGAGUCGGGCGCCAAGCUGUUUAUGCUGACCAACAGCGACUACACCUAUACAAACGAGAUCAUGACGUAUUUGUUUGACUUUCCGCAUGGCGCCAAUACUGAUGAGCCGCAUCGCGAUUGGAAAAGUUAUUUCGAUGUGAUCGUAGUAGACGCACGAAAGCCGUUGUUCUUUGAUGAGGGCACAGUGUUGCGACAGGUGGACACCAAGACGGGUGGCUUGAAGAUUGGCACACACAUUGGACCUCUGCAGCCGGGCCAGGUGUAUUCGGGUGGUUCGUGUGAGCUCUUUACCAAGUUUAUCAAUGCCAAGGGCAAGGAUGUGCUCUACGUUGGUGAUCACAUCUUUGGCGAUAUACUCAAAUCAAAGAAAAUACGUGGUUGGCGCACAUUUCUUAUUGUGCCCGAGCUAGUGCGUGAACUGCAUGUCUGGACAGAUGAGUGCCAGCUAUUUGCAGAGCUACAAAAUUUGGACAUUAAACUAGGCGAUUUGUAUCGUGAUUUGGACUCUAGUGCCAAAGUUAAGCCAGAUAUAUCGCAACUACGCACUUGCAUACGCGAUGUUACCCACAAAAUGGACAUGUCCUAUGGCAUGAUGGGCUCAUUAUUUCGUUCGGGAUCACGUCAGACUUUCUUCUCCAGUCAGGUGGUGCGAUAUGCUGAUGUUUAUGCUGCCACGCUACUCAACCUCAUUUAUUAUCCAUUCUCGUAUAUGUUCCGUGCACCGGCCAUGUUGCUGCCGCAUGAAUCCACGGUGGCUCACGAUCAAGCACAUCAGCCAUCACCACAAACAGCCACAUCGUCAUCCUCGUCUGCAGUCCUGGAGGAUGUCGGCAGCAAUAGCAGUAGCAACAGCAGCAGCGCACCCAAACUCAAUUCGGCUGCUAUUCAACAAGAUAAUAAUGCGGUUACUCCUAGGGAUGGCAAAGAUUUGCAUCGCGCUAGUUCCAUUGUGCACACGCGCCCCUCGACUCCAACUGUAGUUACUCAUACCCACGAUGAGGACUAUUCCGAGGAGGAAGAAACAGCCAGCGGCAACGAGUCGCCCGCAAAACCACAACAGCGUGAAGCAUCCUCCGACUAAUUUAUGAACGGCGCUCAUCAACAAAGAAUCAACGAAUUUUAGAAUGAUCUUGCUUACUGCGUUUACCAAGAACGUUAGUUGCAGCCUCGUCCUGUAUCUAUCCCUAUUAUUUUUUUUUCAACCCCCACUGCUCCCUUGUGCAACACAAGUGAGAAACAUGCGAUUUUUUUUCGAUUUUACUUACAAUAUAUAUAUAAAUAAAUAUCUUAAACAAAACGAUAU